AUGGAGGAAGCCUUGCUGCCGCUGCUACCCGUGAAGCCGACGCCACCGCGGGUCAGGACUCAGGGCGUCUCCACCACCGCACCUUGGCCGACGGUACUGCCGAUCUGCUGCUUCGCGGUGCCUAACUGGAGCUUCUGUUGCUGUCGCCGGAGAUCGGUGGUUGCCGGAAAACACCACUGUUAUCGCUGCCGGAGAAGGGAGCUGCAUCGCCGGAGUUCUGGCCGCCAGAAAACCUCACCGCCGUCGCCGGAAAAUCCUGCCAUUUCAGUUAUCAUCGCCAGAGGUCUGGUCGCCGCCGCCACUCGAGGUGGUUACCGGGUGCUGCCGCCGAACCGGUUCGGAGACUGCCGCUGUUUCGGUUCAGCCGUUCCUUCUUCAUUCGGUUAUUCUUUUUCAGGAUAUGGAAGACGAAGCUUCAGGAGGGUUAUGUUAUUUUCUGUUCGGUCUUUUUGUAUUACCGUAGCUAUUGCUUUCCCUCACCUUUAUCUUUAUUAAGUUUGUAAGAGGGAUAGGAAAUUAUGAUAUGUAUAUUUGUAAACUACUG